ACUAUCUUUUGUCUCUGGGGUGAAGUUUCGUAUGCUGUUUGAGAAUGUUUUGGUUGAUGUGUUCCUUUAUCUCUAAGCCGGAGUUUCGUCCAUUUGUCACGCCAUCCCUUUCUUAAAGAGUCAAAAGAACAUGAGGUCACACAACAUGCAAAUUACUUCACGUGUUUACAAACUUAUUUAAACACGUCAAUGCAAGUAAAGUCUAUGAACCGCGUAAUCUGACUCAGAGGAGCUGAAAUUCACGGCAGUGAGUCAUAACUCGAACUGCCUUUGGUAUUCUCGCUUUUCUCGUUUAUUGGGUCAUUGGGUUAUUCUCGGUUAUUCUCGAUUAUUGAGUCAUUGAAUAUAGAUACGAGGUCACAACAAAAGAGGAAACAAGUUAAUAGUAAUUGCAACAAUGGAUUCGUACAAGAAUAUUACCGAAGUUGAAAUGAAUAAGCUCGUUCUCCCUUCGCAUACAAACGAGCGACAAGAACACUGCCUCAGUGGUGGACAACUUUUGAAGUGGAUGGACGCAGCAGCUUGUCUGUCGGCUGAGAAACACGCUCGAACUUCUUGUGUGACGGCCUCCAUCGACGAACUCUACUUUGAACAACAAAUCUACGUUGGCCAAGUGGUUAACAUCACUGCGAGAGUAAAUCGCGCUUUCCAUACAAGUAUGGAAGUUGGAGUGUCGAUAAGAGUGGAAGACCUGCUUAGUGGCGAGAUAAAAAAUGUUUGCAACGCUUUCUUUACUUUCGUAGCCCUGGAUAAGAACCACCAAAAACAGCAAUUGACCCCCGUGGUUCCUUUCACAGAGGAGGAGAAAUCACAAUACACUCUCGCCAACGAGAGGAGGAGAAUGCGUAUUCAAUACCCAGUCAACCUGAGAGAGCUUGCUAAAAAGCACAAUGAACAGCUUGACUGUGAAAUGUGCAGUUCGGAGAAUGAGACCCGCACUAACGGAGACAUUGUACCUGCUAAUACCUCGCUAGAAAGUGUAGAGCUAGUUCUUCCUCCACAUGCAAACCAUCAUCAAACAGCAUUCGGGGGUCAGAUCAUGGCAUGGAUGGUAGCCGCUUGCACCAUCACAGCUACUCGCUUGUGUCGGUCUUACCCGCAACUGGAAGCAGUCGAUGAGGUCAAGUUCCGUGGACCCAUCAAAGUGGGAGACCGAGUGGUCAUCAAGACGAUGGUGAACAACACGUAUGACGUCCAUAUGGAGGUGGGAUGUCGAGUAGAAGCUUACUCCAUCGGUGGUGAGGUGCGACAUGUAAAUAGUGCGUUCUUGAUUUUUGCGGCUCCGCGGUGCGGUGAUGGGAGAGGAGGCUUAAAAAUGUUACCCAAGUUAAGGAUGGGGACGGACGAAGAAAAACGACGAGCAUUAGAGGCUAUGGCUCGAAAACGCCUGCGCUUUGAGCGUGAACAAAUCCGCAAAUCUGUUGGUCCUGUGAUCGCCGUACCUUGGAACCAAUGCAAUGGUCAGUUGCUUAACUAUAACAACAUAGAGGCUUUGGUGAAACUAUACCAGCUAACAAAAUGGCAAGAGGUGCAAUCGUCUGAUGGUGUCACGCUCUCCAAGUGUGAAAGUGACAACUAUCUCUGUGUAAAGGUCUCGCUCUCUAUUCAGCUCCGGGCUGAAGUUAUUUUCACGUUACUGAGGGACGAGAAAGCCCGCAAAGAAUGGGAUCCUCUUUUGAUUAAAGUUCAAGUGAUGGAAGUCGUUGAUAACGAUGAUGAGAUACUCCAUAUGGUGCUAGAGAACAAGAUGCAUAACGCAACGAAACCAGAUGACGUAGUACUACUAGUGUCACGCAGAGCUCCAAGUGAUGGCAGAGACCACUUCACCAUCGCCUACCGAUCAGUAAUACUGACAACGCUACCUCCAUACCCACAGUACAACCGGAAAGAGCACUUGUGCUCAGGGUUACUCAUUAGAGAAACUGAGGGGCAGGAGGGUAAGUCUACUCUAACUUACAUCAAUCAAACAACACGUGAGUUACAGUCUUACGUCAUGAAAGAUUUGCAGGGUGUUACCAGCUUUUACGUCAAGCGGUUUAAGGAUCUUGAAGCAUAUCUACUACAAAUGGCGCCCGGGGUCUCUCUUACAUGAGGUUACUUGUGAUCAGUCCCUCGCUUCAGGAUAGUUAGUGAUCUGGAUUUUUGUGUAGUCAAGCCAUUCAAAGAUACAAUUUUUGAGUUCUGUGAUCUUUUAGUUGGACCUUGAGUUUAAUUCUUGCUAAUUUUAACUUUUAAGAGUAAAUUUUUGAGAUCUCAGUCUCCCACGAUCAAGGGGUGUGUGUAAUUGCACUAAACUGUAGCUUCGAAACGUUUCGCUGUGAGUACUAGUAUACAACGAAAGAAAUAUUUUUUGGAAAAAGGAAGUAAUGAUAAAGAAUCAAACUCACCUAAAAUGCCUCAGUCAGUUCGAGUGAGUUGCAAUUCCAGCCUGUUAAUACGUUUACACUUCAGACAAUGUAACUUUUGGCAUUGAUUAUAAAAGGGGAGAAGUGGCGUUUUUAACUGUCCGCUUCAUUUGUUCACCUGCAUAUUUUUCCUUAAUAGUUUUUCAAAAGAAAACAGACGGCAAUGACAUCCAUUAGCUUGGCAAUUACAGUCUCUAAGUGAAUAAAUAAAGUCUCUUAACUUUUCUUCGUUCCCUUGUUGUCCACAAUGCCGUUAAAAUUCAGCUACAAGGUAAUUCAUUCGCCCUCUCCCUGUUCUCUUUGCGUCUGUUUCUACCAGUUGCCCAGUGCGGGUUGGUAAUGGUCUGAGCGCUUGAUUCUCGGCUUAGUUAAAAUUCUAAGGUAUGGUCAUUAAAAGAAAUUCAGCCGUCGUUUGAUGAAACUGCGUCCUAAACGAUCCUCAAUCCAACUGAACCUUUUAUCCGAACAUUUAUCUUUGUGAACAGUGUAAAGAGGGCCUAAAGUUAACAUUGCCAGAAUAUUUGUUUGAUUAAAUCAACCCUCAUGCAAAGAAAGCCUCAGGUCAACUGAUUGCGUAAAACCGUGGUUU